AUUACAUAAUGAUGAUGCACCCACCCACGCCGUGCCCAUGAUUAAUCCAAUUGGUGGGCAGAGGAGACGUGACAUGAAGACGUCAGUCACGGCCCAUCACAAAAGACAGACCACACAUCAGAUCCAUAUGCCUCUUAUGCCUUCUUGUCCUGGUUAGCUGCCCCCUCCCCCUCUGGCCUGCUGCUGCUAGCGGCCCUCCAUCUCAUCUCGCGACCGCUUCGUUCCGCGGCACAACUAAGGAACGAGACAGACAGACAGACCGCACGCUCAAUGAACAGAUGAGCUGGUGGUGUGGCCAUGCCUACCUGUUCGUUGAGCAUGGCGUUCUCCUGACGGAGACGCUCAUUCUCGGCCUCCAAACACUGCCGGUCGGCCGACUCCUGUGCAGCAGAGAUGGAUGGACACAAACAGCAGAUGUCCAUGGUGAGUGAAAGGGUCGGCCAGCUGACCUUGACCAGGGCUUUGUGCAGCUUUGCAAAGGUCUCUUCAUCUUGCGGAUUGAUGGCUUCCUUGAGGGCCUUCUCAAAUGUCUUCUGCACUGCUGGGGGCAGGGUGAGCAGUAUGGGGAGGACAGCAGCCGCUUCCGCAGGAUUUUGCCGAAUGACUUCGGUCGUCAGCCCGAACACAUGCGGCGGACUGCCGAUCGCCGAUGCCCAGAACAGCACCAGGGGAAGGCGAUGGUGGCACACUCCAGACAGCGAGGUCAGCAUCUGGACGGCGACCUCACGAUGAAUCGACCUGCAGAAACACAUGCGUGGACAUGCAACAAAGCAGUAAGUGUGCCGCCCAUAUGUGUGUGUUUGUGUACACACAUUGCUUGCUUCCUUACUUGGCCAUGUGUGUGACGCCAUCCCACUGCCCCUCCUUUGCGCACAGUCGUAGGUAGUGCAGGGCGAGGACGCGCAUCGGAAACAGACGGAUGAAGACCUUCAUGUUGAUGUCCUUGAGCCGCGCCUCUCCCGCUCCCUGCUGUGCCAACGACUCAGCCGAGAUGUUUUGCAGACUCCCCCGCGACUCCCACGGUCUCUGAAACAGCUGAAACUGGAAGGGGAGAGUUAAGGGGACGACUUCCAUCACACCGCCGCCAUUGCAUUUGUUGAAUGACAUUGGGCCGCCGCCCAUCACUGUGGGCAUCUCAUGCAGCCGGAUGGCCUUCCGGCCGGCGUUAUCGCCGCUCUGCGCUGCUCGCGCCGCUGCCGCCGUGCCAUUGGGGAUCUCCAGGGAGGCGUCAGGAGCGAAGCACGUCACAUGCGACUCUGCCACAUUGCCCUCAUUGAUCCUCCCAAAGGUGAAGCACCACGAGGCCACGUCAGCAUACACGGCCAGACGGACGUGAACUGGCCUCACAGCAUCUCUUCCAUGUGACUGGUUGUUGUAUGCGUUGCCUUCCUUGGCAAAGGGAAGCUGCUUGGCCAGUGCGUUGAUCUCCCGGAAUCGCCUGUCCUUGAAGGUAAACGAGGCCUCAAAACCCCUUCUCUUCAAAAUUCUUCUUUCACGGACACUGCUCUUUCCCAUCUCACACCCGCUUCUUUUCGCUUCCUCGUGCUUCGCUGAAGUUUUGGUGUGCAUGGUGUUUAUGUGUUUUGGGGUCUCUGCGGUUUAAUGACUAGGUGUGUUUGGACAAUGUGUGACGUUCCCUGUGAAUGAACACGUAUUGACAAUCACACACACACAGACACACACAUGGACACAUGAAAUGAGUCCAUCAAUCGGUCUGCAGAGACCCCACCCAUCUCUUCAUGACAUGGGUGGGUUGGCCAUCGGCCAGCUUGUCAACCUGCUAUCUGUCUGUGCUGUCCAUCAGCUGCAAAGGUCGGCAUCUUCCCGUCACGAAUGGGCCAGUAGAUCUGCAACACUCAGCAACAGCGCCCGCAACACUCAGUGUGUCUCUGAGGGGCUUCCUGGCGUCACGGCCAGGGCCUGCCAAGGCACACGAGUCAGUGGAUGAGCUGCGGCAGGACAAGGCCGACCUGGCGGUGCAGAUCAGCCAGCUGCAGGUGGGAGAGAGGGAGAGGGAUGAGAUGAGCAUGAUGAGCAAGAACCUUGCGUCGCCGUCGCGGAUGGCGUUGGCAGGCAGGCCUGGGGAGGUGACGGUUGCGAGGGGGGUGUAGGGAUGGGGCAGCCCCACCACAGUCAUGGGGUACGCGCCCCUGCCAAUGGAUCCCUGCUGAUUGUUGGCGAAGGGUCGUGCGGUCAGGGGCAAUGUGAGAGUAAAGACGUCGGCCUCGAACGAAGCCGCUGCACACAGGCACAACAAGAAGGGCAUGCACCAUCUACCCGAAAGCCUCUUCAAACUCAAUGUCAUUCUCCUUACCGUGUGCUGCAGCGAGUGACGAGCUCCCUGUGGCAUCCGUGAGGAACUUGGCGAUCUCUUGGCGGCCCAUAUCGACGCAGCCCUUGGACAGUCCAUCUCCCACGCUGGCUACCAGGCUGACGGCCGCCUUGAUGGCGUCAUCCGUGUCGUCUUCUCCACCCUCACACGAGCGCCACUGCGCCCGGAUCACGUCAGGGUUGUUGCGCAGAGCCGGCAGGAGCCCCGUGAGAAUGUCCUUGUGUUGGUGGAUGAAGCGGGCGAUGAAGGCAUACUUGCCGAAGCUCUGCAGCAGGCUGUCGGCCAGCUGACGGUCACGGAGCCAUCCGUCCACCACCACCUGUAAGCCGCAACAGACAGACCAAUGGCGCAGCGCAUCAACCGGCAUGACCCAUACAUUUGCGCUCUCUGACUGACCCGUCUGUGUAUGCGCCACAGCAGACUUUGGUGGCUACGGGGUGUGAAGAUUUGGUCGGUGUCGAAGUGGAGGUAGUCGAGCGCAAUCAUUGCAUCCAGCAGGUUGUCUUUGGUAAGCAACUUGACGAUGUCCAGCUCUCGCUGCAGCACCACCAGUCCAGCGGUCCGAGUGACCUUUUCGAUGCACACCUGCCGCUGUUGGCCCUCUUGAAACUCGCCAUCAAGAACCUGUUAAUUGACACACACACACACACACACACAUAGAUAACACACGUGCAUAUGAGGCGGGCUCGUGGUGAGUGUGACCUUCUGGAAAAACUUGUACUGCCGUGCGUCACUCUCCUUGACGAGCAGAGGGGCAUCUGCCUCCCCAUCACCGGCAAACCGCACACUGAUGCACGGCUCGAGGCCCGCCAUCCCAGAAAACCCUGACACAGACGUUU